AUGAUCCGCGCCGAGGUCAACGUGCGGGACUUCCAACGAUGGAUGGGCAUUCGCCGACUGCAGGACCCCGACCACGCCAUGCACUGCCUCCUGGUGGAAUCCUUCGGGAGCGACCUGGCACCCAAGCCCUUUCGGAUGAUUGUUCCGAGGGCAGGUCCAACCGGGGUCUUGUACGGCUACGGCAACGCGUCCGCCGAAGCAUUGCGGGAGGCCGCCGGAGUGUACGCUGACCCGUUGCAGCUCCGGACGCUGCAGCCGGACCGGAUCGACAGCAAGCCAAUGCCCACCGAAUGGCAGGCAGGCAAGCGGCUGGGGUUCGAGGUGCGGGUUCGUCCCGUGGUGCGACGCACCGACAAGGCGGAGUGCCGGCCCGGCCGGGAGUGGGAUGCUUUCCAACUUGAGGCGACCCAGCACCCCAAAGGGAGAGAUGCCGCGUGGCCGCGAGGAGGUUUAUACGGAUUGGCUCGCGCGACAGUUGGAGACCCACGGCGGCGCCAGGCUGGAGUCAGCGUCAUUACAAUCGUUCCAACGGACGCGAGCCGUCCGCAAGCAGCACAGCCGGAAGGUUGGGACUGGAAACGGCGCGGAUUCCCCAUGCCGACCGCCACGGCCUGCUCUGGCUUUCGCGGGGGGGCGCUUACGGUGCGGGAUGGGACACUGCGCUUCGAACGACAGGUUGGCCCAGAUGCCGACAGCUCGUUGGAGGCCGGGGAGUACGGCAUACCGUUUCAGAGCCUGUCCAUGAUCCUGCUGGGACCAGGUUCCACCGUGAGCCACGAUGCUCUCCGGCUCAUGGCUAGACACGGUACCGGGCUGGUCGCCGUGGGCGAGGACGGCGUGCGCUGCUACACGGCGCCGCCCCUGAUGCCCGAUACCUCGGACAUCGCCCGGCGCCAGAUGCGGGCCUGGGGCGACCCCACGGGCAGCCGCAUCACCAUCGCCCGCAAGAUGUACGCCCUGCGCCUGGGCGAGGUGCUGCCCCAGACGGACAUCAACGCGCUGCGGGGUGUAGAAGGAGCCCGAAUGAAGCGCACCUACCAGAACCUGUCCCGGCAGUACGGGAUCCAGUGGCGAGGACGGCGGUAUGAUCGGGCCAAUCCCACUGCGGCGGACAUCCCGAACCAGGCCAUCAACCACGCGUCGGUUGCGCUGGGGUUCAUCCACGAACAUAGCGGCGAAGCGUUCGCCCUGGACAUCGCCGACCUGUUUCGCGACACGGUCCUGCUGCCGGCCGCGUUUAGGUCCGCCGCCGAAGUGGCGCAGAAUCCCAGAUUGGAUGUUGAAAGACACACGCGGCGCACGGCGGGGGAAUUGCUGCGAACGGAGCGGGUAAUCCCAAAGAUGAUUGACCGUAUCAAGACGCUGUUUCAGGAUGUGCGACCAAUAGAGGAACUGCCUGAUGGUGAAAAUGCUGGGUACGGCACCCUGAUGGACGGCUGGCCGGACGAGGAAGCUGGAACGGAGGAAGCCUGA